ACGGUAUUGCCAUUUUUACCAACAACCCUUCGAGCACUCCUAACAUAGGGGUAACAUCCACCCCGUACGCAUGUCCUGAACUCGGUUAAAAUUCGUUUGAUCGAUAGUCGAAAUUCCAUGGAAGAGCAGAGCUCAGUAGAUGUCACGAUGUAGUCUGCAAACCUGUCACGACCUGGAUCGGUCUUAUUCGAAAUUCUUGCAACAUGGGUGACUUGUCCAAAUGCAAAUGUAAGGAGAACAUCCAUCACAGAAGGAGAGUAAAAAUCACCGGAACCAAAUGGGAGCAACCGAUUCCAAAAUCGAAAGAAUAUUGGAAGAAAUUCUGCGACAAUGAGGAGAAGAGAUUGAUCGUAGUAAGAAAUCCUUUCUUUCGCUAUUCCUACCAUUCCAUUUCAAAAAAUGAUUCCGAACUUCCUGAUUUUAAUACAAAUCUUAUUGAUAACGCGUCUAAUUUUCAUUCUUCGUUUCACGUUAACACAGACGAAAACUCUUUGCACAGAUUAACCUGCAACGAUACAAAGUUAUUUCUAAAAGCAGCGUUAAAAACUCCAUUGCAAACUUCGACAAAAAUUUCAGAUAGAGGCUGCUCGCUGCCUAAAGUUGUACGAAUCCCAAAAUUAGAUACUAAGGGUCCUCAACCCAGUUCCGAUAGGAUUUUCCCCGUUAAAGUGGAUCCCCAUAUUCAGAAUGAACCGAAAGCUCCGAGCAAAAGUACUUCCACUGAUUCUACUGCUCUUCCGAUGCUCGAUAAGUUUCUUGCGACAUCGGGCAUCGAGUCAACGCUGAAUAAAUUACAGAAACAUUUAAAAUUGCUAGAGAAGAGAAACAUCCCGGAAAAAGUUGCAACGUCUCGGAAGAAUCGUCACAGAAAUAAAACUACGGAAACGGACACUGAAGAAAGCGAGCAUACAAAAAGUCGAGACGAGAGGAAAGAUCAAAAGCUGCCAACAGAUCGAGUUUCCCUCAGGUAUUCCACCCGUUUCGCUUACAAAGCGCUCAAACAUUUAACCAGCAAUAAAAACUUGGACUUCACGCCGAAAAUAAUGGAGCAAUUGUCUGAAGAGUCACUUCCAAAGCUAAGCGAAGAUACAUCUACGAACGGGGAUGAAAAAGUGAAGCCACUUAAGAGGGUGGAUGCUGAAGAACGUAAGCAAGACAGCAAGAAAUCUUUGUACGGUGAGGACACGGAAAGAAAGUCGAUUAAGGAUUCAGAAUUCACGGGUACCGACGUCGAAGGUGCAACUUUGAAAUCGGACCAGGCAACGUCAAAGACGAUUCCCUCGGAAUCUCGUUACACGUCGGGACCUAGCCUUGAAUUCGUGUAUCCUGAAAGCAGAGAGAGUACUUCCGCUCGUAUCUUAGCGUCGAUUCCAAGAUUGUCCGGGUUUCCAAGAAAGAAUUGCGACAGGUGUUUACCAUGCAUGUACAGAUCGUUUGAAGCUCCGCUAGAGCGAAAGAUAUCUUUUCCUAGAACUGCUCUGCAAAGAAUCAUAAGCUCAAAAAAAGUCAGGAUAACAGCGUCUAGCGAUUCGUCGGAAGACAGCAGUUUCACUUCUGUUGGCAUAGCAAACCUCGAGAACGAAAGAAUGUUGAAUGACAAAAUUGAAUGCAACGAUGUUACAUUUGACGAGCAGAAUAAUGCUGUUGAAAGUCAAAUCGCUGCUGAAGCUGUUCAAGAGCAACAUCAGACAGUUGAAAAUACGACGGAACAGAAGAGUAUUACAGAUUCGGGAAUCUCAUGUGAAACGAUUAUGAAAAAAAUUAAAGAGGAUGAUUCGAGUUGGAAAAAUUUGAAGGAUAUCGAAGCGAAGCCUUUCGCUUCGUUUCACAGUGAAAGCUCCGAGGAGGACGAUUCGAUUGUCAUUUCAAUCAGCGAUGAGCAAGCUAAGCCGAAAUAUUUGGUACCCUGUCAUGCCCCUACGGUUUUCAGACCCAGCUUAGAACCCUUAAGAGCUUUGAGACACAGAAAACCGACCACCCUGCAAGAUCGAAUUGCUCGCCUUGAGUCAUCAUCCUUAAAGAAGAGCGCUUCCAUCGACGAGCUCGAUGACGUUCAAGAGAAACCAAAAUCUGUAUCAAAAGGUACUCUCCAAGAAGGGAAACCUCCGCCUCCUUUGAUGAAAGCAAAAUCCGUUUUGGAAAAGCUGACGCCGGAAGAAAUGCAAACACCUUCGGAAAAGAAAGAGCACAUUCUCAAAAAAGGUUUCAGUUUCUCAAAUUUUUCUUCAUCGUCAGAUUUCGUGUCUGAUAAUUCAGAAACUCUUCAUAACGUGUCAGAAGAUACGAUAAAAGAGUUGAAAGCUAUUCUUUCAAAAUCUGAUUCAAAAUUACCACUUACAAAGCCAGAUGAGAUCGUCGAAGCGUUGGGAAAUCUUGAAGAUUCAUCGUCAACGAAUAUGUUAGAAAUCUUGUGCAAAGAGUUUUCGGAACGUCUUUUGAAGUCGACAGAAAACGACAAACUGAAUGGAAAGAAACGUAGAAAAACGAUCGCGACUCUGACGAGGUUGUUAGUCGAUUCUAAACGUUAUUUGUACCCCGAUAAGUUUCCCUCUGACUUACUUUUCUCCACGAAUCAGCCGAUCUGUUGCAACCCUCGAAUCCUUCGCCGAAUCUUGCCCCUAAAAUCGUACAAUCUGAUUGCGCCAGUGCUGGGAUUGCCGGAAUGGCAUCGGAAAAAACGAACCUCGUCCGAAGAUACAAAAUCGAGGCGUCGUAUCGAUCAGCAACGUCCCGACGAUGGGACUGUGUCCGACGAUGACUCCUUGCUGGUGCAACCACCGACACUGAAAGACAUCGAAUCGCUGAGUGACAAGGAGAAACUCGGUCAAUGUAGAUACAAUCCUUACGCUCUAUUUAUGAAGAAACCAAGACGCAAGGUUGUUACGUGGCGUCCGCUGAAGAAACGAGACAUGGAGGGCUACGAUCCAGACGCAACAUUGAAAAUGAGGGCGGAAAAUACGAUGAAUACGAUAUUUCACGAUUUUUGCCAGUGGGUCGAAACCUUGGGUGGAACGGAUAAGACUAUCGACGAAGAAGCUCUCUGGGACAUGUUUGAAAUCGAUUUCGACGCGGAAGCUUGCAAAGCGAUGCAGGUAUCGAUUCGAGAAAUGCCUGUGGUACCUACGGCUGUGGCUUUAACAAGGAACUCCCCCGAUGCGAGUAAGCUCGCCAUGACGAAGAAACACGUUAUGAAAGAUGUGAAAGCGGAGCAAAAACCGGCGAAAAUAAAAGCCUUCGGGACUAGUAUACCUUGGGAUAUUCGAUUUGUACCACCUAAUAAUCAGGUGGAGAGAAGGUGGUUGCAAUGCGACAACGUGCCGAAGGAUCUUGAAACGAUGGACGUAGUUUGGAAGGAUAUUACUCAUCUAAGAAGCGUGAGAGGAUACGUCGAAUGGCUUAAACAGCAUCCAGCGAUUCCUCAGCCGGAAGCUUUAAAGAAAAUCGUAUCAAUGGAUGCUAUAACUCUGAAACAGACAGAGGACGACGAAGCGUUCGCGCAUCUCGAGCUGGAUAUUAAUGAAAUUAAGAGCUUCAGAGUGCCAGACAGCGCUGAUAUAACCUUCUGAACUGAGAUAUCCUCUUUGUUUCUUGUCCCUUUUUGUCUUACUGUACACGCUAUACUACUUUGUUCAACAAGUUCCAGGUUACCUAUCUACUUUUUAUUUCGAUAUAACAAAGUUUCAAUUUCCCCGGAAUUCUCAUAUUUUCUUGCAUGUCUUUAUUCGAAUGCUUUAAAUCGAAUGGUAACGCAUCAACAUUUUAAUUGUAUCUGAUUGCGCCGCUGUAAAUGUCGGACGAAUACAAAAUGAGCUUCAAAAAUCAAC